UCCAGUCCGGGUUUCGUGUGUGUUUUACGGUGACGGUAAAAUGUUGAAUCCCGUGGUGUUUCUCUUGCUGUCGGUGGGUAUUCUUUCUCUCCCGAACGUGACCUUUGGAGCCACUUCACCCGGUUAUGCACGCGGCGAACCGUACAGGAUCGAUCUAGCGCAAUACAAUCAAGCCCUCUUGCCACGGGUCCGGGCGUACAUCGAAGCAACACAACUUCCGGACGAAAAUGUGCCCCUGUUCGAGCUGUUGCCGGACUAUCGCGAUCGUUUGAGUGGGAACUUUCUGAUCGAUGGGUUUGGCCGGGCGCGCGAUUCGGCCCGCUGCCUUACCUGCAUGUCCACCUCGUACCUGUUCUUGAGUCUGUACAAUGAAACGGUCGUGGCUGAGCGAGGGAAUACGGAACGGAUGCGUACGAUCGCGGAACGCAUCUGUCGGCUGCUGGGGUUCAAGUCGUACCUUUGUGAAGGCAUUACCAACCUAAACUGGGUCGUGAUUGAGUACGUGUUGAAGAAUCGGGUGCCAUUCCCGGAACCGGAGGACAUCUGUCAGGUGUUUCUGCAGGAGUUGGAUUGUGUGCGCGAUGGUCGAAGCAUCACUGAGGAGGAUCUCUACCGUGCGGUUGUGAUCACUCCACCGGAGGAGGUGCCAAGGGGAAGCACUUUCUUCGCCACAAACAAAGCACCACCGCCAUCGGGAGGUUCAUGUUCACGAGGUGAUUUGGAACGAAAAGGCAAGCGCCCUCUUACGAUCGUGCACCUUUCCGACAUUCACUACGAUCCGGAGUAUGUGGUCGGUGUGAACGCGGACUGUCAGGCGGAAGCGUGCUGCCGCGUGCUGCCGGAUCUUGCGCCCGCUACGGAGGCAACGGCGGCCGGGUAUUGGGGUGACUAUCGGGACUGCGAUACACCGUGGCACGCGGUAAUCAACGUCAUGGAGCACGUUCGCAAACAGCAUGAGCAGAUUGACGCGAUUUACUUCACCGGGGACAUUGUCCACCACUUCACAUGGAACACGACGCGUGAAACGAACGAGGACGCCAUGCGGCAGGUGUUUGGGCUGAUGAAACGAACCUUCCCCGGGGUGCCUAUUUAUCCGAUCCUGGGGAACCACGAGUCACACCCGGCUAAUCUCUUUGCACCCCACACGGUAGAGGAAUCCCAUCGGAUGGAUUAUCUUUACGACUUCAUCGUCGACCAGUGGGCCGACUGGCUACCGGUGGAACAGGUACGGGAAACGCUCACCGAAGGUGGCUACUACACGGUUCUCACACCCUUCGGGCUGCGCAUCAUCGGAAUCAACAACAAUCCCUGCUUCGUGCACAACUUCUGGCUGUUCUACAGUCUUGACUACUUCCUGCCGCAACUUCAGUGGCUGCACGAUACGCUGCUUGCCGCCGAAAAGGCCAACGAGCGGGUGCACAUCCUGGCGCACGUCCCUUCGUACGACGAUUCGUGUUUCAUCGGCUGGACGCGCGAGUAUCGUAAGAUUGUGGAACGCUUCGCCCACAUCAUCGUGGCCCAGUUCAAUGGACACUCGCAUGUGGACGAGUUUAAUCUGUACUACAAACGGGGCGACCCGUCGGUCCCGGUGGCGAUUGCCUGGAACGGUGGAUCGACGACGACGUUCACGAAGCUCAACCCGAACUAUAAGGUGUUCCAGUUUGAUCCGGUUACGUUUGAACCGCUCGAGCAGGACACGUGGAUCUACAAUCUAACGGCUGCAAAUCAAACUCCCGACCGUAAACCAUCCUGGUACAAGCUGUACUCGUUUAAGGAAUACUACGAGCUAGACGACCUUAGCCUUGCGUCGCUCGAUUCACUCGUUCGGCGACUUGCCCAAUCCGAGGAUCAGCUUGGGAAGUAUUGGCGCGCAAAGCAAAAGUACUCCGAUCCGUUGCUACAGGAAGGAUGUACCGGAUCGUGCCUACGUGACGCACUUUGUGCCGUAGUCCGCACGGAACAUGACGAUAACAACGCUUGCCAACGGCUGUACGAUCAACCCGAAGAACUGGAGUCCAAUGCCUCCUCAAAAUAACGCAAACUAAAGUGUAUGUGUGUGUCUUUAGGGUUUUGUUGAAGAUUGUAUGAAGAUUGUUUUUAAUGAAAUACGACAUCGAAAGUGUAACGAACUUAC